AUGUGUAAUUUCCUUCUACUGUUUGGGGUCUUCGGCGGUGUAAUUUGCCUGCAUGCUUUGGCUGCGCUGGCAACUCGCCCUGCUGAGGAUGCCGAGGUGUUGCCGUUUGCGGCCGCCACGGGCACUGGGCCGCGAAGUGUCAGGGCUCUGGAUGCCAUUGGUGGUGAUUUGCCAGCUCCAGACAUUGAAGACCUUGCUUGCAAUUUCAAUGUCGACACCUGCCUCUGGCUCAACACGGGCAACGUCAGCUGGGAGCAGACGUCUGGCUACUAUGGCUACUACUAUGGUUAUGGUGGUUCGGACGAUCAGUGGCAACUAGCUUUGGGCAGCAAGUCGGGGGGUCAGCACUUCAUCUUAGAGAGCCUUGAGUUCAAUCCCACCACCGCCACGAAGGCUCUGUACUUUAUGUACAGCCUGACUGGCUCGAGCUCGUCCUUGCAGGUGGAGCACAAGACCGAGGUCGCAGGCUGGUUGCCUUUGUUCACGCAGACCGGAGAUAUGGGGCGUGAGUGGCCGACUGUCGGGAUCCGAGUUCCGAAGGGCACCCUUGCCCUUCGAUUCCUGGCCGAGGCUGAUGCUGAAUCUAGGGUAGAGUUCGAUGAGAUUGCGGUGCUGACGGUGUUUCAUCAAACAGCCGAUGAGAUCUCGGCAGAGGGACGUGCUACUUGGGCAAGCUUGAGUUGCAGUUUUGAGGCCGACAACUGCACAUGGUCCAACAUCCUUUGGGAUCGACUUUGGCUGCGCGGCUCGGGCCAACCACCGUCGUCAUCGGACACACGGUCCGACACUAGGCCGUACGGGGCUUUCGCUGGCAAGUGGUGCAUUUACACGGACGCCUCAACCGCUUAUGAGGCAGGGCUUUUUUUAUGCAACAGGUACCUCUGUUUCCCGCCCCACUACCCCAAAAUAAGCCUGCAUCCCGUCCGUUUGCAGGAAUUUUUCCUGACAUCUCCGAUGUUUGCACCCAGCAACGUGACAAGACAGCUCCAUUUUGCUUACCACAUGCUCGGCAGACACACGGGAAGCUUGCGUUUGGAGUUUUGGAGCGGCAGCAGCUGGACGCCGUUUUGGUAUCGCAUGGGACAACAAGGUAUUCGCUGGCACCUCGCCCUUGUCAACGUUCCCGAGGAUGCUGAGAUGUUGCGGUUCGUGGCCGUCACGAAUACUGGGCCGGUAGGUGUCGUGGGGCUGGAUGCCAUCGGUGUUGGUGAUUUGCCAGCUCCGGACAUUGAAGACCUUGCUUGCAAUUUCGAUUUUGACACUUGCCUCUGGCUCAACACGGGCAACGUGAGUUGGGAGCAGACGUAUGGAGACUAUGGUUAUGGGAAUUUUGGUGACGAUCAGUGGCUACUAGCUGCGGGCAGCGAGUCGGAGGUGCAGAGCUUUAUCUUGGAGAGCCUUGAGUUCAAUCCCACCACCGCCGAGAAGGCUCUGUACUUUAUGUACAGCCUGAGUGGCUCGAGCUCGGUGUCCUUGCAGGUGGAGCACAAGACCGAGGUCGCAGGCUGGUUGCCUUUGUUCACGCGGACCGGAGAUAUGGGGGGUGAUUGGCCGUAUGCCGUGAUCCGAGUUCCGAAGGGCACCCUUGCCCUUCGAUUCCUGGCUGAGGCUGAUGCUGCAUCUACGGUUCAGUUCGAUGAGACUGCGGUACUGGCAGUGGGAGAUUGGUCAAGCUUGAGUUGCAGUUUCGAGACCGACUAUUGCACAUGGUCCUUGCCCCGUGGGUAUGCCUGGCUGCGCCGCUUGGGCCAAACACCGACAGGAGGUACUGGGCCAGACGGGGCUUUCGACGGCAAUUGGUACAUUUACACGGAAGAAUUUUUCCUGACAUCUCCGAUGUUUGCACCCAGCAACGUGACAAGACAGCUCCAUUUUGCCUACCACAUGCUCGGCAGCCAUAUUUACAUGGCAAGUUUACGUCUGGAGUUUUGGAGCGGCAGUGGCUGGACGCCUCUUUGGCAAAACGCGGGGAAGGAAAUUCAUCAAUGGAGCAUGGCCGUUGUCACCGUUCCUGAGGAUGCCGAAGUGUUGCGGUUUGCGGGCCGCACGCCCGACAACGGGUGGAGGGGUGACAUGGCUCUAGAUGCCAUCGUUGUUGGUGUGCCAGCCAUUGACUUUGAAGACCUUGCUUGCAAUUUCAUUGUUGACAUGUGCUUUUGGCUCAACGCGGGCAACGCCAGUUGGGUGCGGACCAGCGAUUCCAGCGACAAUUGGUGGCUACUGUCUGCGGGCAGCGAGUCGGAGGUACAGAGCUUCAUCUUGGAGAGCCUUGAGUUCAAUCCCACCACCGCCACGAAGGCUCUGUUCUUUUGGUACAGCCUGACUGGCUCGAGCUCGGUGUCCUUGCAGGUGGAGCACAAGACCGAGGCAGGCUGGUUGCCUUUGUUCUCGCAGACCGGAGAUACCGGGACAGCUUGGAAGGGUGCCCCAAUCCGAGUUCCAGAGGGGACGCUUUCCCUUCGACUGCUGGCUGAGGCUGAUGCUGCAUCUACGGUUCAGAUCGAUGAUAUUGUGUUACUGGCAGCGGGAGAUUGGGCAAGCUUGAGCUGCAGUUUCGAGACCGACUACUGCGCAUGGUCCUCCAGUCUUGGGGAGCAACCCUGGUUUCGCAACUCGGGCCAAACACCGUCAUCGGACGAUUCAGGGCCACUGGUGGGGGCCUUCGCUGGCAACUGGUACAUUUACACGGACUUCGAGGUCCAGCGACUGACAUCCCCAAUGUUUGCACCCAGCAAUGUGACGAGACAGCUCCAUUUUGCGUACAACAUGAGGGGAGAACGCGACUACCUGGGAACGUUGCGCCUGGAUUCUUGGGGCGGCAGUGGGUUGACGACUCUUUGGCAGCACGAGGGACCACGAGAUCUGUACUGGCACAUCGCCCUCGUUACCAUUCCUCAGGAUGCGGAGGUCUUGCAGUUCGCGGGCGUUGCAGGCGAGGACUAUGGGUCUCUGGAUGCCAUCGGUGUUGGCGUGCCAGAGUUACAGUUUGAAGACCUCACCUGCAAUUUCCAGUUCGACACGUGCCUUUGGUCUAGCACGGGGAACGUCAGUUGGAAGCAGGGCAGUUCCAGCCGGUAUGGAUAUAAGGGUUACUAUAAUCGCUGGCUGCUGGCUGCGGGCAACGAGUCGGAGGGGGACUUCGGCUUGGAGUUCCCUGAAUUCAAUCCCACCACCGCCGAGAAGGCUGUGUUAUUGUCUUUCCGUCUCACUGGCUCGAGCUCGUCGAGCUUGGUGUCUUUGCAGGUGGAGCACAAGACUGAGGUCGCCGGCUGGUUGCCCUUGUUUUCAGAGAUAGGUCCCACAGGCCCCACGAGCGCAACUUGGAAGGAUCGUGGUAUCCGAGUUCCGGAAGGAACUGUUGCCCUUCGACUCCUGGCUGGGGCUGAUGCUGCAUCUACGGUUGAGGUCGGUGAGAUCAUGGCGGUAGAUACUGUGCCCAACCUGGCAAAUGGGACAAAUGGGAGGGCAUGCCUCAUCGAGCUCCGACAGUCCUGGGCAUUCCACGGCAAGACGUUGGUGUCAGUUACUUCUCACGAACUGGUUUCGCAGAGCGUCAGUGGUCAAGAAAAGUUACAAGGUGCGGAGGAUCGAGUCGCCGCUAAAUAUCCCAUCAAACGAUGCAAAGUCGCAUCUUGUCUUUUCGUCCAACCAUCCGACAGCAAACGAGAUCUCAGGCGUUGUGAGAACAGUCCCACCACGAACAACCGUGCUGAGUCCAGAUCGAUCUGCCGGGCCGAGUCCAGAUCUAUCGCUUUCAAACGUCAUCGUGGAGGAGAUGCCCGCAUUGUCGCGAUCAUGGCUUUGCUGCUGCGAUCUCUCGGUCGACAAGGAUUCGCGGAUCCCGUGUCCCAGAAAUUCUUCGUUCCAUACCGACUACGUUUGAGUACCGUUUGCCUUGCAGUUCUGCUCUUUCACGAUGAGCCAUACGCCGUAGGAGAAUUCCAGUUCAUUCCCGAGCUCAUCAAAGUCCUUCGGCGACUCAAAUGCCCAAGGAAACCGCGGGCUGAACUUCGUGACGUUGCCUUCUUCGUCGUAUUCUGCUCCUUUGCUACAAAGUUCCCAAUCUCAGACCCUUUCCUGGCAAUGUGGUCCAAGUGCUGCAUUGCCUGCUGCAUGACGGCCUCAAACACGUCGUGUAGCGUGCUUCAGCCUCUGGGUUGGAAUCGCUUCCUCAUCCAAGCUUUCACGGCGCGGAUUAUUCCGAGUGUCAGCGGUGCCCAACGGGCAGGGGCGGUGAACGCGAUUGGAGGCUUUGUGGGACUACAAGUGCCCAACCUGGCAAACUUGACGUGUGGCUUCGGCGGCGAUAUGAUGUGCGGCUGGUCAACGGGCACCUUCUGGCUGCCCUCCAACUUGCAACAGGGACCUGUUUCGGCCUUCCGCGACGGCGGUGCCUACAUGUACAACCAUGAUUUGAUGUACCAAAGCAUCGAGGGGCAGAGCUUCUUGACGAGUCCCAUGUUCCCGGCGAGCAGCGAGUUCUACUUGGAGUUUGCUUACCACGCAUGGGGAACAGAAGUUGGAAGACUGGAACUGCAGUACCUUUGGCGUGACCGCUGGUGGAGGCGCUGGUCAGUCAGAGGUUCUGACAGAGCAGGCUGGUUGCAAGCCAAGGUGACCUUGCCCGCAAACACAACGAUGCUGCGCUUCCUCUCCGCUGACAUCAUCGGCUUUUCCUAUGACGUGGCCGUGGACUCAGUGGUCGCCUGGGCGCCUGCAGCUCCAGGCCACAACCACAACGUAUCAGGUCCAGUGCCCCCGGUGUCCGUCUCGCUCAGUGCCUACAGUCAGGGCAACUGCGCCCUGCUCCUCGCCGGGGACACUAACGGCGUCAAGUGCUGGGGCGCUAACAGCGGCGGCCUUUCGAGGCAUAUCGGCCUGCGCCCGGGCGAGAUGGGUGCCGCGUUGCCGUUCGUGGACUUGGGAAGCACCAAAGUGGUGCAGGUGGCAUGCGGUCUAGAACACGUUUGCGGUGUGUUCGAGGGCGGUGCACUGCGGUGCUGGGGCGAUGGCUCGCGCGGCAAGCUGGGCUAUGGAUCGGAGUCAGAUGUGGGCAACAAUCCGAAGGAGAUGGGUUCUGCAUUGCCCGCCGUGGACGUUGGCGGGAACGCUGUGCUUGAGGUUGAACUUGGGGUUCAGCACACGUGCGUGCUGCUGCACGGCGGGUCUGUGAAAUGCUUCGGAGAUGGUGGGCAUGGGAGACUCGGCUUGGGUGACGUGUUCCUUCGCGGUUAUUUCCCAGGCCAAAUGGGCAACCGACUGCCCUUCGUGGACCUCGGAACCGACUUCCAUGCCACGCAGCUCGCACUCGGAAGGUACCACACAUGUGCGCUGUCCAGUCGAGGCGGGGUGAAGUGCUGGGGGGGAGGCCCGGCGGUCGGCCUGGGCUUCACAACGCUGUCUGGAGAUGAUGUGGGUAGCUUGCCCAACCAAAUGGGAGACAAUUUGCCAUACCUGGAUCUGGGCUUGGAAGUGCUGCAGAUUUCCGCUGGGCGGUACUUCACCUGCGCAGUCUUGGGGGAUCACUCUGUCCGCUGCUGGGGCCGAAACGAAUUGGGCCAACUGGGCCAAGGCCACAACAUGGACCAGCCGCUGGUGACUCCUAGCCUCCCAAGCACGCCACUGGGCAGCGGCACGUACGUCCUCAAAGUGGUAGCUGGCCCUUACCACGCGUGUGCAGUUCUGCAGGAUGAGGCUCUGAAGCUAGGCCAGGGGAACGAAGAGAACCUGGGCGACGAGCCUGCAGAAAUGGGCGACGCACUGCUUCCCGUCAACCUGAACAAUCUUGCAGUGCACCAGGUCGCCCUAGGUUGGAGCCACACGUGCGUGUACCUGGAGGAUGACACCGUGCGAUGCUUCGGCAGCAAUGAAUAUGGUCAACUGGGCAUCGGCAGCGAUGUCAGCGUGGGCACGACGCAGGGUGAGAUGGGAGCUGCCCUGGUGUCCGCGGAGGUCUUCCACGUCACGCCGGGCGAUGAGCUGGAGGGUUUGCGCCUGGGCAGCGGAGGCAGCGAGGGCUGGCUGCAGCUGCAGUACAAUGGCUCCUACGGCUUGGUAUGCGAUGACGGGUUCUCGGACGCCACUGCACAAGUGGUCUGCCGGGACAUUGGCAUGGCGGGCGGCCGAGCCCUCCUCAGGGAUCCCCUUUCCGACCUGUCGUCGGAGAAGCUGCUCCUCGAGGGGACGAUCCUGGCCGAUAGACUCGCGUGUGACGGCACGGAGGUCAGCCUGCGGGAUUGCAGCUUCCGAGGCUGGAGCAUCCACGGCUGCACCCCGCGAGAAGCUGCAGGCGUUCGGUGCGAGCUCGAUGCCUGGAGCGAGUACACCGCUGGUGCUGGUUCUUCAAGCCCGGUAGGUCGCCAAGACCACUCCAUGGUCUUCGACCCCGAGACUCAAUCCGCCUUGGUCUUUGGAGGUGAAGCCGCCAUGACUUUCCAGUACUUCGCGGACCUGUGGCAGUACCACUGGCCUUCACGUACUUGGGCGGAACUCUCCACGGUCUCCGAGCUACGCCCAACACACAGAUCCGGCCACAGCGCUGUUUGGGACAGCGUCUCGCGAACGAUGAUGGUCUUUGCUGGCAGCCACAUUGGUGAGACCUACAGCGACAUCUGGGCUUAUCGACUACAGACCUGGGAGCUGUGGACAACGUUUCUUAAGCCAAGGGCUCGUGCGUACCACACAGCCGUGUGGGAUCCCGUGCGCCGGGCCAUGCUGGCCUUUGCCGGUGAGGACGGCGGUGAGACCUUGUCGGACCUCUUGUACUUCAGCUUCGAGCACAAGGCCUGGACAGCCGGUGCAGUCGGGCUCGAGCAGCGCAGCCGGCAUGCGGCAGCGUGGGAUGCCAGCACCAGGUCCAUGAUUGUCUUUGGAGGCUGGGAUGGACACCAGUACCUUUCGAGCCUGCAUCGCUAUGAUGCCUGGGCCGACAGCUGGGCCGAACUUGCGGCAACCGGUGCUGUCCCACUGCCCAGAGGCGGGCACGUGGCUUCCUGGGACCCUGCCUCGAUGAGUUUCCUUGUCUUCGGAGGAAUCCAAAACCAAAGCCAGGGAGGCGAGGCCGAGGUGCUGAGCUACAGCAGCGGCUUCUACAGCUUCAGUCUUCUCACGCGCACUUGGACUGAUCUUGGGCCCGAGGCUGAGGAGCUGUGGCGUUAUGUCAUAACGCCCCGACCCCCAAGCCCCGUCCUUCGCUGUCAGCUUGGGCAGCCUUGCCACCUCGAUGGCCUCGCCGUGGGCAACUCGGGCAACACGUCCGACCUGGCUGUGAAGACAACCUGCCAGGACUCCCUCUCCACCUUGCCGUCUGCCGAAGUCCAAAACUUGCCUGCUUCCGGGCUCUUCUCCGUGGAGCCGGGCAGCUAUCAACUAUGUUGGUGCGAUGGCCAACGCCCAGACUGCAGCUCGCCCCAAGAUUUCACGGUGGCCACGGGCCACUUCAUUGCCGAAGGGCCGUACUCGAACCAGUCUGCCAGUUGCUACAUGGGCUUUCAGUGCACCGUCCCCGUUUGGAGGGGCGUCGGUGUCUCCACCAAUGACUCCCUCAUCGCACAGAAAGACUGCGAGAAUCUCGAGGCAUCGUCGUACAGCCUGCCCGUGAGCAUCAACGAGUCUGGGAACGCUUUCCUCCUGGACAUGGGGAUCAUCGGCUUUGGCCCACAAGAGGUCGUAGAGCUUUGCUGGUGCCCUUCUGGUCAUCGCUGCGCAUCCCUGCAAGACUUCCGCGUUGUCGCCUUGCGGAUGCACAUUCUGUGCCCACCCGGGCAAUACGAGCAGAACCAGGGGUGCCAGCUGUGCCCAGCGGACACUUACUGCCCUGGCGGCCAAGCACCGCAAAGCUGCCCAGCAGCCAGUGAAGCCCCGAGCGGCAGCAGUCAGCUCUCCCAAUGCGAAUGCUUGCCAGGAUACUAUCGGACUCCUGAGAGCUCUCGGUGCACGUCGUGCCCCUAUGGCUCCACAACUCUCGAGGCCGGUGCGACGUCGCUGGCCGCGUGCAUUUGUCAGCCCAACUUUGUCAACAUGGAGCCUGCGAAUCCCGAGAAUGUCUCCGUUUGCGAAUGUGGCCCCGGCUUCGGUUUCGACAGGCAAACAGGCGUUUGCUCACCGUGCGCACAAGGCUCCUACAAGGAGGUGGCCGGCAACUCUCUCUGCUCUGGAUGCCCUGUCGACAAGUCCACGCUGCAGGAGGGAUCCAGGUCCAUUCAGGACUGCCUCUGCCGUCCUGGUUCGUUCUUGGUGAGCUCAGUGAGCUCGAACCAGUCGGGCGGAGACUGCUCCACAUGCCACCCCGGCUCUUACUGCAAUGGUACAGGCCUCGCUUUCGCGUGCCAGGACGGUGCCAAUUCCACAGCAGGGGCGAGGUCACCAGACGAAUGCAUCUGCAGAGCUGGUCACUAUAAGAAGGGCUCCUCGUGCGAGCGAUGCCAAAGGGGUCGUUACAAGUCUUCCGACAGCAACGAGGUGUCUUGCCCCCUACAGUGCCCGACAAGCGCCGAGAGCGAGGAGGGCUCAAUCAGCCGAGCCGCCUGCUUUUGCCAGAGAGACUUCUAUGCGGAGCUUGAUCCAAACGGCAUAGACCUUGCACGGUGCGCCAGCUGCGCGAACUUCGCAUCCUUGAGCUGCCCCGGUGGGUUUGCUGAAAACUCAAACUCGCCAAACUCGCCAAACUCGCACCGACUGCCAGUGGCCAUCCCGGGCUACUUCCAGACAGGAACUCUGACGGCCGUCAAGUGUUUCGUCGUGCUGGACAAUGGCCUCAGCGUUUGUUUGGGCAGCGGCCAAUGCCAGAGUGAUGAAGAGGUGGACUGCGUAGGGAAGUAUGGAAAUGCCUGCGAGGAAGGUUCCACAGGCAUUCUCUGCGGGGAAUGUCCGCUUGGCUGGGCUCGGAGUGGCUUCAGGGCGGCCUGCCGGCCCUGUGGGCAGGCGAUUCUUCCACUGGUCGCCUCCAUCCUCGGGGAUGUGGGAAGCAAGGUCACCAUCAACUUCAUCGUCGCAGCCAUGGCAGCCACUGAAGCAGCCCGUGGCAGCAGCAAGCUGCACACGAUAAUAAUACGCAUCGCGACCCAAUGGCUGGCAGCCUCUUCAGUCCUGGCGACGUUCCAGCUCGAUCAAAUUCCAGUGCAACUUCCAUGGCAGGAAGAUAUUGACGGUGUGGAUGGGGCAGGCUCUACCGGCUCUGCCACCUUCGCGUGGCCUGUGGAGGUGACUGUGGCAAUGCGGAACCUGUUCGACUCUUUGACGCUUACUCCGGCGCUGGUUUCUGUGGACUUUGCUGCCCAGUGCAGGGCCCAGGAACUGUCGGACCACCCGGCGGCGGCCCGCAUAGCACAGGCAAUCUACAAUAUUUGCCUUCCGCUGUUGAUGAUGGUCGGUGCGGUGGUGGUCUCCUGGUUGGCCGUCAACGUCCUGGUGCCCUUGGCAGCCCGGCUGGGACUGUCCUUGAAUGAGGCUGGAAGAAGGCGUCGGGCCCACGCCAAGCUACUUUCCCGUGCCCGCGCUGCGCUGGAAGGGGCUCUCAGCCAGGUGGGUCUUGCCCUGUCUGUGGUGGAGCUUGAGGAGUUCGGUGCCCUGGACGUCCCACCGGCAGUGCUGCAGGAAGCCAUCUCGCAGCCCAAGUCCUUCCUUCGGGAUGCCGUGGUCAGCUCGCACGGUCUGCUCAUCAGGGCCUGCACGGCCAGGGCUCGGUCACGGGAUGAGCCAGUGGACGUCUUUGUUCUCGACAAGGUAGACUUGACGUGCAUUCUCGACGAGUAUGCGCAUACAGCCACAGAUGUGCUUGACCUGUUGGACAAGAUCAUCGACGCAACUUGUGUUCCACUUGAAGCUGCCCUCCACCAGGCCGAAGUGAAGUUUUCGGACCCGGAGGCGGAGCCCGAGGUGGAAUUGCACGAGCUCGCUUCCACUCAAAUCAAGCCUUCUCCUGAGGGAGAGACGCAAAUCCUGGUGGCGCCGCCGGACAGUGCGAAGACUGCGCAAACGCUGCCUUUAACUUCGAGGCUUGAAGCAGAUGUAGCAUUGGACGAGGUCAUGGAUUCCCUCGACUUUGGGCUUUUCACGGCACGACCCAGGAUUUGCGAGUUGAUUUAUCAAAGUGUACCAGUAAUCUGGAUCGCGCUGAUCUCUGUAUGGCCGAGUCUCCUUUCCAACUUCCUGUCCAUGCUUUGGUGUGUGCCCAUUGUGGAGGAUGGGCAGGUGGUGAGCCGGCUGCUGCCGAACCCGAAUGUCGAGUGCUGGACCGAUGCGCAUUUUCCCUCUGCUUGGAUCGCCUUGGCGGGCCUUGUAGUUUGGUGCCUUGGAAUCCCCUUGUCUCUGGCGGUGGUGCUUUUCCGCCUAGACCGCCAGUCACCCGAGACCAACAGGCGCUUCGGUUACUUCACUCAGGGUUUGGAACGAGACUACUGGUGGUGGGACAUUCUGAUGAAGCGAAUCGACGUCGGAAUAAUGAUGGUCAUCACCUUUACAUCAGCAGUGCAGGAUCCCGCGAUGAAGCUCUUGUUGUUUCCCGUCCUCUCGGGUGUCCAG